UAAUAAUUUUAAUGUUGAGUGAAUUUUUCUUACCAAAAUGGGAUUGGAUUGAACAACCCACGUUGUCUUGUGUCGGUCAUCAUAAUGCUGUGCUAUUAACUAAAGCCACUUUAUCUUUUCCCCCUUCCUUCACAAGGAAAGCAAAGCUGCAAUCUUUCCUCCUCUCCAAUUCCCUACAGUUUCUUACGUCGCCAUUGCGCUCAACUCCCGCCGGCCGACGACAAUGGUCCCUUCUUACUCGCCGGAAUCUCCGUCGGGCAAGAAACCCCCCAAGCCGACGAAUUGCCUGAAAUCCACACUCAAUUUAAUCCGAAUCCACGUCGCCUCCCACCCUCGAUUUUGGUUAUUCAUAGCCUUUCUCUGGAUCCAAGCCCUAAUCAUCUCCUUCGCCCGCACUCCGCCGCCCUGUUUCCCCGACCGCGCCGCCUCCGUUCCGACGACCCUCCCCGUCCGCGCCGCUCCGUCGAGCGUCGACGCCGCGGCCAACGCCACCAAGCCGCCGGAGCCAAUCCCUCGCUACAGCGAGGACUGCCCCUCCGGCAGAGUCUACGCCUACGACCUCCCUUCCGAGUUCAACGCCGACUUAGUCCUCCGCGACUGCGCCGAUCUAGAUCCGUGGAAUUGGGAGUGCGGCAUAAUCGCCAACCACGGCUACGGCGCCGCCGCGACGGAGCUGCGCCGGAUACUGCCGGACGACAUGCACAAAUCCUGGUACCACACGAAUCAAUUCACUCUCGAGGUAAUUUCCCACCACCGGAUUCUCAAGCACAAAUGCCGAACCCUAUCGCCGGAAUCCGCAACGGCGUUCUACAUCCCGUUUUACGCCGGCCUCGCCGUCGGCAAGUACCUGUGGACCAACGACACCGCCAAGCGCGAUCGCCAAUGCAAGAAGAUGCUGCGGUGGGUCCGCAAUCAAGACCACUGGAAGAAAUCCAACGGCUCAGAUCACUUCAUGACGAUAAGCCGGAUCACCUGGGACUUCCGGCGACUGACCGACCCGGGCCAGUCCUGGGGCUCCAGCUUCCUCAACAUGCCACAGAUGCAGAGGGUGACCCGAUUCAUUGUCGAAAAGUAUCCUGGGGACGAAAUGGACGUCACUGUACCUUACCCCACUGGAUUCCACCCCAAGACAAGGGAAGCCCUAAACGAAUGGCAAACCUUCGUCCGCGACUACAACCGAUCAGCCCUCUUCUCCUUCAUCGGGACCAACCGGAAUUGGGCCGAAACGGAUCUCCGGCGGUUUCUGAUGGAUUACUGCGCCAAAGAGUCCGAUUCUUGCCGUGCCGUGGACUGCGCCGUGAGUGAUUGUCCAACAAAUUCUUCUCUGACACUGAAGCCAAUGCUGGAUUCAGAAUUUUGCCUGCAGCCGAAGCGGGAUAGCUUCACAAGUAAAGCAGUCUUCGACUGCAUGGUGGCAGGUGCGGUGCCGGUGUUCUUCUCCAAGACGACGGCAUACGAGCAAUACGAGUGGUUCUUGCCGGGGGAGCCGGAGAGCUACUCUGUUUUGCUGGAUCAGGAAGGAGUGAAAAAUGGGACAGUGUCAAUUAAGGAGGCUUUGAUGAAUUACAGCAAAGAGGAGAUUAGGAAGAAAAGGGAGAAGGUUGUGGACACCAUACCUCGGAUUAUUUAUGCCAAGCCGAGUGCUGGAGUGAGGAGUUUCAAGGAUGCAUUUGAUAUUGCUCUUGAAGGCGUUUUGGAGAGGAUUAAGGAGGAGAAGGAAUGGGCUGAUUUCUUGUGAUGAGGAUAGUAGAAGCAAUCCCUCUCUGCUAGGCCUGGAAUUUGUGGGAGUGAUGGAUUUGUUCAAAGAAUCCCAAUCCUGCAGGAAGAUCUGAGGUCAGUUAUUAUUUGGUGAUAUGAACUUGAUCCUUUGGCUUGAGUGAAGGAGAUUGCCAGAUACAGAAAAUGAGUGUACAAUGUAAUAGAAAAUUUAACUCAAAUUUUACAGCAUAAGAAGGCUUACUGUGUUUUCCAUAUACAUUUCUGCAUUUUCUGUGUGCUUUUUUUUUGAGGAUCAGGUUGCUGCCGACCCACGUCGAUCAUGUAAUAAAUGAUGAGCCACGUUGGUUGUUGGGAAUGGACUAGCUGCAAAGCAACUUGAGGAUUA